GAGCUCAGAGUUAAAGACCUGUCCACUGAGGAGAACCAGAGGGAGAGGGGAGGGCAUAAGAAAAAGAAGAGACACCUGAGAAAAGAGUGAGACCAAAUAGGAGAGAAACUCCUCAGCAGGAAAUUGGCAGUGAUUUAAAGAAGAAAUCCAUUUGGGAGCUGACAAAUAAAACAAGACUUGAAGAAGUGUUUCUUCAAAAGAGAAUUUAACUUUCUGACCUAUCUGAGGAAGUCUCCAGUAUGUUGGUCCUUCUCUUGUUGUGUACCUCUGGUCUUCUGCUGCGAGGGGACGCCCAGGACCAAGCUGCUCUGUGGAGGGGGAACGACCGCAGCGGACGAUGCCAGUACACCUUCAGUGUUCCCAGCCCCACCGAGGCCAGCUGCCCUCAGACCGGAGGCCCCGAGGUGGAGGGCCUGAAGGCUAGACUAAGCCUGCUGGAGGUGCUGGUGUCCCGGCUGACUGGAGGGGACACAGGGGUUCCACAGGGGGCCACAGUCAGGGAUCAGACUGAGCUUCAUCAAUCACUGAACCGGGUCACGGGGGAGAGGAACCUGCUGCAGGGGGAGAAGGAGCGUCUGGAGCAGGAGUUGGAGGGGCUUCAGCGCAGGAUGGAGGAGAUGAGGAGGGAGACGGAGAGGCUGAGGAACAGACCGUGUCCCCUGCAGACCCCCGCGAUGCCGCCGAGCCCCCCGCUGCAGGAUAGUGGCCUGACAAGACCUGCUGGGGGUUCCAGGCCCUCUCACCUGAUAGCCAGGCCCAACAGGCAGGGGGACAGCAGCAGCUUGAGAGACUCAGCGUGGCAGACUGGACCUCAAGGUUUCCAGGAGCUGAAGGCUGAGGUGACGGAGGUCCCUGCUCCAGAUGGAUCUGAGGAAAAUACAGGUUGUGGGGAUGUGGUCUCAGUAGGUGAGCCGGUCACUCACAGGAAGGCCGACACCAUAGCAGGUAAAUAUGGAGUUUGGAUGCAGGACCCUGAGGCGGUCUCCCCGUACGGACCCAACAUGAUCUGGCGCAUCGACACCAUAGGCUCUGAUGUCAGGCAGCUGUAUGGAUAUGAAGACAUGGAGCAACUCACUAAAGGCUUUCCGUCCAAGGUGCUGCUGUUGCCCGAGCUGGUGGAGAGCACUGGCUCCACUCUGUACCGAGGCUCUCUGUACUAUCAGAGACGUCGCAGUCGUUCCCUGAUCCGCUUCGACCUGGCCUCCGAGAGCAUCGCAGCCCGCCGGGAACUCCCCCAUGCCGGCUUCCACGGACAGUUCCCCUACUCCUGGGGCGGGUACACGGACAUCGACCUGUCUGUGGACGAGCAGGGUCUGUGGGCCGUGUACUCCAGCAGCAAGGCCAAAGGAGCCAUCGUGAUCUCACAGCUGGACCCAAACAGUCUGGAGGUGAAGAGGAGCUGGGAGACCAGCAUCAGGAAGAACUCGGUGGCUAACUCCUUCAUCAUCUGUGGGAAGCUGUACACCGUGGCCAGCUACACGUCCCCCGACACCACCAUCAACUACAUUUAUGACACUAGAACCAGCCAGGGGAAGUCUGUGGCCAUCCCAUUCAAGAACAAGUACCGCUACAACAGCAUGAUCGACUAUAACCUGGCUCAGAGGAAGCUGUUUGCCUGGGACAACUUCCACAUGGUGUCCUAUGACCUGAGGCUGGGCCGCCAGGAGUGACCAAAUAAGAUAAAAAGUGACACUUGCUAACCUGUUCCUGCUUCAAAGACUCAGAGCUUUAGAGCAUAAUUGUGUAUCUGGUAGGUCAGUUACAGUGUAAAGCCAACACCUUCUGUAUCAACGUGUUGAAGAGACUAACUAACAAAAAUGGAGAGUUUGAGGAACCCCCCAGGUGGGCUUUUGCUGUGGCACGGCCCACAAUUAUGUUUUUAGAGGAAUUAUUUUUCUACCGCCUUUAAUUCAGAUGUAUUAUUUUGUUGUUUUCUUGAUAAGCUAUAUAUAUUUGAGGACUGAAAGAUGAUACUUAAUGCAUACAGUUUAUAAACUCCCGUUUUUACCUGCCUUGAAGUGUUUCACCAUUCUACAUCUUUACAUUAAACUGCUCCCUCAAUUAGCAUGUACUGAAUAUUGCAUGUACGUGUACAAUGAAGUCAACAUAAUGACUUGUGUUGAAAAUCAUCAUGAAUUAAAUGUCCUAAAGUA